AUGGAGGAGGCGGAGAAAGGGGAGAUCUUGGAGUGGAACGCCAAGCCAAGCUCCAUGGAGGAGGCGGAGAUCUUCGAGAGGAACACCAAGCCGAGCAACGGGUAUCGCCACCACUUUGCCGGUUUCUCCGGCGGCACAGCCUCCUUUGACCCUUCCCUCCCUUACCUGUAUCCUAACAAGGAUGAGGGCAUCACCCAGGUGGAUGCUUGCAAUGGCCUCCUUCUCUACCGCCGUUACAACAGCAGCAGGCAUGAUUACCAUUUUGUUGUGUGCAAUCCCGCCACCGGGAGGUGGGUGGAGGUGCCACCUCAACCUCAAAAGCCGGAGCCAAUGAACAGACUUAACCAUACUGCAGGCCUAGCUUUCGAUCCAGCAGUCUCGUCCCAUUUCUAUGUUCUUUGUUUCGAGCGGACCUUUCCGAAAACUUUGAUCGCAGGAGUGAACAUCUACUCGUCUCGCACAGGAGCCUGGAUUCAUAGAGACAGUGGGAUAGUUGAGAAAGCUACCCUGUUCAGGAGUAAAUGUGUCUUUGUUGGUGGUAUGCUGUACAUCAUGGGUAACGUGGUGGACACCAACGGUGAGUAUGUGCUGGUGGGGGUGGACAUGGAGGGGAAAGUGUGGAAGACUAUCUGUGUGCCGUACGGUUCAAAAUUUGGUACUAUUGGAUUGUCGCAGGGGUGCUUACACUAUGCUAUAGCUUCUGUCAAUAAUAACAAUGAAAUCCUAGUUUCUGAGAUAGCACUCUGGUGCCUCAAGGAUUGGGACAGUAAACAAUGGGUCCUGAAGCAUACUGCCAGCAUCAAUACGCUUAUGAGCAUGACUGGGGAGAUGUACAGGGUGGUUGAGAUUCAUCCAGAUUGCGACACAAUUUUCCUGGCUCAGUGUGGAGGUGAUACCUUGAUGUCAUAUGACAUGUGGCAUCAGAAAGUUGGCUGUAUCAUUAAUCUUGAGAGAAACAGUGCGCACAAAUUUCUACCCUAUGUUCCUCUGUUCUCAGAGCCAUUAGCAGAUGCUGAGGGGUAG